AUGUCAUUCGCUCAAUAUGAUAAGGAACCUCUAUAUGAAGCCUGGGAACGAUUCAAAGAUUUAUUGCGCAAGUGUCCUCACCAUGACCUACCAACCUGGAUUCAAGUUCAGACUUUCUACAAUGGGUUGAGUCAAACAAGCAGGACACUAGUUGAUGCAGCUGUUGGAGGGGCUUUAAUGGCAAAAACGGCUACUGAAGCAUUUGAAUUAUUGGAGACCAUGGCAUCCAACAACUACCAAUGGCCGAGUGAGAGAAUGAAUUUGAAGUCAGCUGGGGUCUUGGAAGUCGAUGCUAUGGCUUUGCUAACAGCACAAAUUUCUAACCUUACUAAAAAGUUGAUUCUUUAA